AUGGACGCGCCACUACCUCCACGUCUUCCCUCCGCCACCACUCUUAGAAUGCCGGGAUCCACGCGGAAGAGGCUCUAUCCAUCCACCGAGCGUCGCUUGAAACAUGCGGCACGCUACGCCACAAUUAGCGCUGCCUUCAAGCGUAUCUUUCACAGGACAGAAAGCGCGUUUAUCAAGGUUCUGGGUGAAGCCGCUACCCAUCGUAAUACUACCCGACGGGCUGAAAAUGCUCCGCAGAGGGAGAGGAGAAACCCUCCCGUCCACUAUGCUCGGUCCUUUUGUGGAACCAGUUCCUCUGGUUUCAUUGACACCGUUCGCGUAUCUAGCCUCAGGACCAUCAAGAGGCGUGUCGAGCAGAAAGGUCCAAGGGAACACACGAAGAGGCGAGUUUAUGUGGCGGGGCACCGUAGCAGCACCAGCGUGCCAUCAGAGCCUGCGGCAAAUAUCAAGCCUCUCAAAAUUGUACCGAAAAGGAGGAUAGGUCACGAGAGCGAACUCACAGCUUCUCGUUCGGUGCUUGGGAAUACAGCUGAAGAGGAAGAGAGCGGGCACACUGUUAUCCCUGCCGCCGUUCUAGUAGCUGCGGUGCCUUGCCAAUCAUCCGAUGGUAUGAACCUAACCACGUUGAAUGACGAUGGAGGUGCAGAUUUCCACGUCACAGCCUCGCCUCUUCAAAGACCGGCUCUGCAGGAUGAAGAAUUAGAACGUUCUCCGCCGCCCAUGCUUAGGAAUCUUAGCCCUGAUUUGGAGGAUUCUACCGACGAGAGCGACUGCGAAUGCUUCAUGAACGAACCGAAAAUAACGUUCUACGUUGACGAAGAUCUCAGCUUGAUCAUCUACACUCCACGCUCGGACAUAACACUCUGGGACGGACGUAAAGGAGAAUAUUAUUCAUUCCCGAGUCAGCUCUUCAUCAGGUGUCUGAAACAAGACAAAUUUAACAUUUGGAAAGCUCCAACAGUCACCCACAUCGAUUUAACGUGUCGUACCAUCCCGGUUACUGGGCAGUACAAACCAAAGCGGACUUCCCAACUUUAUACGUCCUAUAAGGGCGCCAGGCUGGAAAAUGCGAAUAAUGGACCAGCGGUCGUGAAAGCUAAAGAUGGUGUGCACAUCGACAAGAGCUGGCAGCCUGUGCAGGAUAAAGAUGGCGUUUGUGGCUGGUUCGCAAAUGUGUGGACACCUAUUCCGAUGUCACUUUUUGAUAGGGUGGAGUCGAAAGUGUUUGUUAUGAGGGGAGGGGUGUCGGUCCAAUCAGGGGCCGAAGAGAUUACGAUGAGAGCCGAGUUGAACUUCAGUGUGUCGGUAUUGUUGCGGGAGGAAUACAUGGCAUAA